AUGAAUAAACUACAUUAUAUUGAAAAUGACACAGUUAAAGAUUAUGAAAAAUCAAGUUUUUCAAAAGAUGAAUAUAAUAUAAGUGAAGAUUCGGAUAAAGAAAUAAUGGUUAUAAAUAGAAUGCUAAAAUCAAAAAUAUUUUUUCAGUCUAAUAAUAAUAAUAAUAAUAUGAAUAGGAAAAUAAUUAAAAAGAGUACAAGUAUAUGUAAUACAAAAGAAAAAUUUGACAAAAAUAAACAAAAUACAUAUAAAUUAAGAAAAUCAUUAAAUAAUCAGUUUAAAAAAGUAGAAAACGAAUUGUAUAGAAACACUACUUUAAAAUAUGAGCAAAAUAGUUUUAAAAAAUUGGAAAAAAUAAAUUUUAAAAAAGUUACUGAAAAUACUAAAAAAAAAAAUAAAAUAGAAAAAAAUAGUGACUUAAAUAAAAAUGAAUAUAAAAUAAAAGGAAAUGAAAAAAGUGAAAUUGAUAAAUGUGAUAAUUUAUAUAUGGAUACAGAACUAGUAAGCAAAAUUGAAAUUAACAAUAAGUGUAUGAAUCAUAAUAAUGUAAAAAAUAACAUAACUAAUAACUCCUUUGAUAAAAUGGAAGACAGAACAAUUAAACAACAUAAUAAUUGUAAUAAUAAUGAAAAGGAAAUAGGUGAAAAUAUAUAUAAAAUCAAUCAGAAUAAUAAUUUUAAUUAUUCUUACUCAUAUGAUAUAACAAAAAAAAACUUAGAGAAUAACUAUAUGGGAAAAAAUGAAGAAAAUAAUGUGGAAAACUCUUCAGAUAAAAAUAUAGAACAAAAUAUUAAUUGCUGCAUAGAAGGUAAUAUUGAAGAAAAGUAUUAUCAUUUGAAUAAUAGUAACAUUUAUGAAUCAAAUAAAAAUACAUGUUUACAAAAUAAAAAUGAAAAUAUUUUAAUAAAUGAAGUAGAUUCCUCUAUGAUUAAAUAUGACGAAUUUGAAUUAGAAGAAAUAAAUAAAGAAUUAGAAGGGAUUAUUGAAGAAGAAAAUAACAUACAAGAACAAAUUAUUCAUUUAACCAAUAAAGAGCUAGAUAUAGCUAUACAAAUAAGAAAAAUAAAACAUAAUCAAAUUUUCAUGGAAAAAGAAAAUGAAAAAAAAGAAUAUGAACAAUGCAUAGAAUAA